UUCUUUUUUAUUCAAACUUUAAUCCUUGCAUAUUGUAUCCCUUCCCAACCAGUUGAAUUGAAAGCAGAAUGCAACAAAGGUUAUGUCAAAGUUAAACAGCUGGGCUUGAACCCAACAUCCAUAGACUCUGUGGUGGUGGGUAAGGACAGUGAGGUCAAAAUGAAGGCAGGACAGAAGCUUCAUAUUGUCAACCAGCUCUACCCAUACACUGUACAGUUCAAGGAGGAUACCACCGGGGGCCACGGGGGAAACAAAAGACCCCGAGAGCUGGCUUCAGAGGAGAAAGAGAGCCACAGAGAGGCUCUGAGUGUGAAAGCAGCCAAACAGACAAAAAAGACCUCUGUGCUAGACAGCCUGGGAGAAAACAUAAAAAACACAGAAAGUUUUGCACCUUGGAGCCAAGGUCUGAAGACCUCAAUGCAAGACCCAAAGAUGCAGGUGUAUAAGGAUGAUAAAGUAGUAGUCAUUAAAGAUAAAUACCCCAAAGCUCGCUACCACUGGUUGGUCCUCCCCUGGCAGACCAUUUCCAGCCUGAAGGCCUUGCGAGAGGAGCACUGCGAUCUAGUGAAACACAUGCAUCAAGUCGCUGAGCAGAUGGUUCAACAAUGCCCAGAUGCUAAAUCAUUACGCUUCCGCACCGGGUACCAUGCCAUCCCCAGUAUGAGUCACGUACACCUGCAUGUGAUCAGCCAAGACUUCGACUCGCCUUCUUUAAAGAACAAGAAACACUGGAACUCAUUCACAACUGACUAUUUCAUGGACUCCCAAGAUGUCAUUCAGAUGCUUGGAACAGAUGGGAAAGUAACCGUCAAAGAAGGAACCAGCGAGUUAUUGAAACUUCCUCUCCGCUGUCACAACUGUCGUAAAGAGCUUCCCACCAUACCAGCGCUAAAGGAACACCUGAAGUCUCACCUCCCCAGAUAAGAAAGUGACCUCAAAGGGAACACAUGCCUCAGUUAAUGUUGGGUUCAUUUCAAAAUGUAGUCAAUUGGGCAAUUUGUUUUCAGAUUCUAAAGUGACUAGAGCACUAUGUUGUAGCUGAAGUUGUAUUUUCAACUAGAAAGACACAUGUAAGACACAUAUAAUCCUUUUCGAAACAAGAGACGGACAAGCCAACAGAACAAAUUCAAUUUAUGUUAGAUUUCCUUAGCCAACUCUCUGGUUUGGAGAAUGCCAAAAUAUUGUAUAUUUUGGUUUAAAUAUGUUCUAUUAAAAUAUUUUCUAAAAACAAAAUACGAGGUUCCAAUUUGUAUUGAAAUGAUGGCAUGUUUUCUCCUAUAGAGCAAUAACUGUGUACACACCCUUGUGUAAAGCAUGAUGUCAGUCUGAAAAGCUUUGGAGAUUCUUAUUCUGUUGUGAAUUUAACAGGCUUUUGAGGAGUAUGAAGUAUCACUGUCAAAUAUCUCGUUAAAUGAAUUAUGAUAUAAGAAGAGAUAUUAAGAAGGGUUGGAGCAUUACCUCACAGGUAAUAAUACCAGUGUGGACAGUUUUAUUCAAGUGAAAGGUGACUUGGAGUUGGAUUUUAAAUAACACUCCUUCAUUAAACGCCCCUCUCCCCCCCCCGCAAACAAUACUAAAGAAGAAGCUAAGUUACACUGCUGCAAAAAUAUUUUUUGAUUUUAGGCGACCAACCAGAUUUGUUGAACUGGUAACUGUGACAAAUAUUUGUUUAAUUUAAUUAAAUUAAAAUAUAGGAAAUUGAAUAUUGGUCUCAUCAUACGGAAUAAGUUCAAUAUUAGUGAGUGAUUAUUGUGGCUUUAGAGCAGCAUUAAUGGUUGACUGUCACCAUCUAGUGUCAGUUUGUAUGUGAGCAGGACUUUACAAACAGCUCCCGGAUUUGAGAGCUCUAUUUCUGUUCACAAAAAUGUUCAAAAAGAGGUAACCACAAAGCGAUAUUUAACUGAAAAUACUAAGGAAAUGUUUACUCAGAAUUUUUCUGCAAAAAUGUUAUAGAUGCCAUUGCUCCAAAUAAGGUAAAGGAAGUGAUUGGCAAGAAAAUAUCUCCAUGGAGAAAGGCCAUGACCGUGAGAACAGAGAAAAGAGAGUGUCGAAAAGCUGAACGUAGGUGGC